ACGUAAAUUGACUAAAUAUCACUAACUACUACUAAUAACUAUCACUACUACAGUACAAUAACCAGUAGUAACUAUGGCUAUAAAGCUUAAGAUAAAAGUACCCUCUGGUGGAGGAGACAAUGGCAAACAACCGGGGGGUCCCAAAGUGAAAAUAAGAGCCCCCAGCUCUCCUCAGAAGCGACUUAAGAUCAGUCUCAAGAAGCCUGAACCAACACCCCCCAAUCUUAGUAUUAAUAAUAAUACUACUACUACUAAUAAUAAUAAUAACAGCACUAAUAUACCUCUAACUAAAGAGAAACCACGAGUAGUACCUCGAGUAAGAAUUAAACCUACUAGGAUUCCAGGUGAAGGGUAUGAUUCAGAAGCUCCUGAUUUAGAAGAUGAUCCAUUACUUGAACAAGGUAUAAUAGUACGAUUUCUUAAUGAUGUUAAUUUAGAUUUUGUUCAUAAUGCUAUUGAUUCAGGUGAUUUAACAGGAAUAAAUAUUAAAUGGGUGACUCGUGAAAAAGCUGUAGUUAAUGUCAAUGGAACAUUAUAUUCUGCUAGACUUCUUGAUUUACCUACUGUAACAGAAUUAUAUAAAACAGUGGAUAAAAAGAAUAUAUUUAAAACAUUUGAUAUAUGUCAGAUAUUAUUGGUAUUACACACAGUAAUACCGUCAGAAUUGAAUGUUGAAAGAGACUUUGAAGUACCUCCAGAAGUUUUAUUUACUCAUCCUAUUUAUUCUUUAUCAAAGUCUUCAGAAAUUAAGCAAAGUAAAUUAUUACUUCGUGAUGGGUUAGUAGAUCCAUAUCGUGAUGUAUAUAGAAGAUUCAAGCCUAGAAAGGCUCCACAUCGAAUAGCUGAUGAUAUUGAAGCAAGAGUUAAUGAAUUAAUUAAAUUAGAUGAUGAAGCAGAAGAAAGUCAUUUUGAAUUGGUAGAUCCAAAGAAGACUGUCCAACGUUUUGGAACAGGUACACCAUCUGGACCAGCAACUCCAAUGGCAACUAAGAGUUCAGUUGAACCAGAAGAGUUUAAUAUGAUCCAUGAGCCAGAUAAUUUAGAAGAAGAAUUGGAAAGAGCAUUGGAUGAAGAUGACUUCGAAGUAGAGGAAGCCGAGGGUGAUGGACAAGUGGAUAUGGAAGUAGAUGGCGAAAUAGAAGGAGAAGUAGAAGUCGAAGCAGAAGAGGAAGAAGAAGAAGAAGAUGAUGACGAGGAAGAAGAAGAAGAUGACGAGGAAGAAGAUGACGAUGAAGAAGAUGAUGACGAAGAUUCUAAAGCCGAUAAACAACAUGUUAAGUUAUUAGAAGAAGAAAUUGCCGAUUUAGAGAAGGUGGUUGAAUAUAACAGAAAGAAUCUUGCCACAGCCACUAGUAAAAUGUUAAAGAUGAAAUUCCAAAACACUUACACAUCCUUAAAGGCAUCAUUAGAUCAAAAGAAGAGAGAUUUAGUGAAAAUUUUGGAAGAACAAGAUCAAUUACAGAAGAAACUGGAUCCUAACCAUCUCGCUGUUAAGAAUGAUGGAGAAGAUGAAGAAGAUGAUGAUGAAGAAGAAGAAGAUGGAGAGCCAGAUGAAGGCGAGGGAGAUGGAGAUGGAGAUGAUGAAGCCAAUGAUGAUAAUAUGGAUGACCUUGAUGAUCUCUUUUAGUAUAUAGAUACGAUUAGAUUAGAUAUACUAUUCCGCGGAGGACAUUUUUAUUAACUAUGGGCAUCAUAACCUGUAAUAUAGCCCGUGCGGGAACCUGCAAAUAGAACCAAAUAAUUACCAGUCAAAUCUGUAAAUGAAUACGACAUCUCAUGCUAACCUGCAAAAACAGAAAAAAAAUAUAU